ACGGAACCUUGACAAUGAAGCCUGACGGUCCGAGUGGAGCCGCAGGACGGCGCCAGUCUCCCAGGCUUGUGGCCGUGACCCGCGAUGGCGCUGCUGGACGCGAUCUUUUGCUGCCUGUUGACCAUCUGGCACUGCCAACGCGGUCUGGGACUGCCUCUGGCGCCCUCAGGCUUUCAGAGUCCGGCUCCGGCGGUGGGACAGUUUUGGCACGUGACUGACUUACACUUAGACCCUACUUACCACAUCACAGAUGACCUCACAAAAGUGUGUGCUUCAUCCAAAGGCAUAAAUGCCUCUGAUCCUGGACCUUUUGGAGAUGUUAUGUGUGAUUCUCCAUAUCACCUUAUUCUGUCAGCAUUUGAUUUUAUUAAAAAUUCAGAACAAGAAGCAUCUUUCAUGAUAUGGACAGGGGAUAGCCCACCUCAUGUUCCAGUGCAUGAACUCUCAACAGAUAGAGUCAUAAGUGUGAUUGCUAAUAUGACAACCACCAUCCAGAGUCUCUUUCCAAAUCUCCAGGUUUUCCCUGCGCUGGGUAAUCAUGACUAUUGGCCACAGGAUCAACUGCCUACAUUCACCAGCAAGGUGUACAGUGCAGUGGCAAACCUCUGGAAACCAUGGUUAGAUGAAGAAGCUAUUCAUACUUUAAGGAAAGGUGGCUUUUAUUCACAGAAAGUUUCAACUAAUCUGAACCUUAGGAUCAUCAGUCUAAACACAAAUUUGUACUACGGCCCAGAUGUCGUCACCCUGAAUGAGACUGACCCAGCAAAUCAGUUUGAAUGGCUAGAAAGUACACUGAAUAUCUCUCAGCAAAAUAAGGAGAAGGUGUACAUCAUAGCUCAUAUUCCAGUGGGGUAUCUGCCCUAUUCAAUGAGCACUACAGCCAUGAGAGAAUACUAUAAUGAAAAAUUGAUAGAUAUUUUUAGAAAAUACAGCAAUGUCAUUGCAGGACAAUUUUAUGGACACACUCACAGAGACAGCAUUAUGGUUCUUUCAGAUAAAAAAGGAAAUCCAAUAAAUUCUUUGUUUGUGGCUCCUGCUGUUACCCCAGUGAAGAAUGCUUUGCAAAAACAGACCAACAAUCCUGGUAUCAGACUAUUUCAGUAUGAUCCUCAUGAUUAUACAUUAUUGGAUAUGUUGCAGUAUUAUUUGAACCUGACAGAUGCUAACCUAAAGGGAGAAGCCAACUGGAAGCCGGAAUAUAUCCUGACCCAGACCUAUGACAUUGAAGAUUUGCAGCCGAAAAGUUUGCAUGGAUUAGCUAAACAAUUUGCAAUCCCAGACAGUAAGAAAUUUAUAAAAUACUAUAAUUACUUCUUUGUGAGUUAUGAUAGCAGUGUAAUUUGCAAUGCAAAAUGUAAGGCCUUUCAGGUUUGUGCAAUUAUGAAUCUUGAUCAUAAGUCCUAUGUAGAUUGCCUCAAACAAUAUUACGUAAGGCACAAUCUAUAGUAUUUCACAACUUGUGUUCAUAGAAAAUGUAACAUUGCUCUCUUCUGAGAUCAGUUUCUGGGAAUUGUAAAUCUUUGUGAGUUACUGAGUGGGCAAACAGAAUUCCUUUCUUUCCUAUGCCCAAAUGUAAACAGUUUUAAUAUAAAUUUUUAUUACAUUGAAUAUAUUUAAACUGCCCAUUACUUGAAUGAUGUUCAGGUGUACAUUUUCUGUCUUCCAGUUUAUAUAAUUAUAUAUCUAAUUUAUACUCUUGUUGACCUUGUCUUUUUUAUAAUAAAGCAAAUGAUUCUUCCUAUUAUGAUGGAUUAUUCUUAAUAAGGUAAUUUUCAGUCUUUUAAUUGACUCUUGUUAAAACUUCAUAUGUAAACUGAGGUUGAAGCUGUUUAAAUCUCACAUGUAAACUGAGGUUAACGCUGUUUACAUGCAUCUCCUGUUGGGAAAACACCAAGGUCUCAUUAGGGGUCUAAGUCGAUGAAACAUCACGGGACAUGUGUUGCUUCACUCUUUACUCUGUGAGGGAACAGGAGUGCUCUUUAGUACUGCUAACUUUUAAGGAAGAGAAUGUCACAAGUUGUACUUAUUGUAACUGCAGUGUUAGCGCAAGGCCUAGGUCCUAGUCCAGUGUCUGACACUUGGUAAAUGAUUGUCGAAAUUAAUUGAAACGUUUGAAUAUUUCUCUAAGAAGUAUACUAGGAUGCAGUGGUGGCAUUUUCUUCGUCACAGUAUUCUGAAAGAGGAUAAAAAUGAGCUUUCAUUUCAUGGGGUUGUUUUCAGAGUUCUCCCAUGGUGGUUUGCUUCUCAACAGCUUUUCCCAAGCUGUUGUUUGCUUCCAGGCUAUGUGGGAGAAUUAAAGUAGAAGAGAAGAGGAGGCUGCGAGAUUUAGGGAAAGAGAUGGUUGUACACCCCAGUACAUUGGUUUGCUGGAGAAGGCCUACAAUCAGCAGCUGUAGGUUAAUCAGUAAGGAGUGUGGAACUCAUUACCCUUGUGACUUGUUUGACUUCAUGUAAAGAACGACUUGUAGAUAGGAGAGCUCAUCAUAGUGAAACCAAAUCGCCUUGAUUUCCAGAGGGCUGAGAACAUGAAUAUUACAAAAUAACAAUAUGAUAUCUAAGAAACUAUUAAUAGGCAUUAGAUAAACAUUUGUUUUAUUUAAGAAAUGGUUAAUUAGUGUGUUUGAGAUGUGAGAAUACUGAAACAAAGCAAAAAUUCAUUCUUAUAAAAUCAUCAAAUCAUUUGGAAAUCAUCCUACAUUCAAUUAUAUUUAAAGUUGAUACUGUCAGAUCACUACAUCAUGUAUUUAUGUACUUUUAUACUUCACGGACAAAAAUUUUAAGAAAGCAGUUUUGUACAAUAUAAAGAAAUUUGUUGAAAACCAAAGAUGGCGUGAGCUGACUUAGACAGGGAUUCCCAGCCCUGGAAUUAAACAAGCUUGAGUUUGCAGGAUGAUUGUGGAUUAAAUUCUUACAUCUUCUGGGAAUUUGGGGCAGUGAACAUAGAUGGUCCUUCUCACAUUAUUUUACAGUUUAAAAUUUUUAAUGCUUUUUGUAUUCAGUUUACUUUUACCUUAAAAUAGAACUAAAUAAUCUUAAAGUUUGAGUAACAUUUAGAUACAUUGUCAGUAGUUAAAUGAACUUUCAAUUCUCUAAUCAGAGCAUGUUAUGAUUAUUUAUUAUGAUUUAUUUCAGAUUAUGUUCAAUUAUAUAAUAAAUGUUAUUAUGU